AUGCCCCAUGAUAAGGAGCUCCCACAGUGUUCUCAUGACAAAGGCCAUGAGCCCCAGGGCCAAGAGGCUGCCCAGGGCUCCCAGGCUGUGGAGGAAACACCGUCCUCCUCCAGUCCUGUGAUGCCAAGUAAUAUGCAGUUGGUUCCUGUUGUUGAGGCCCCCAGUAAUCCUAGUGGUCCUCGUAGUGCUAGCUUCUCUUCCAGUGGCAUUCAUGCUGCCUGUGGAGGCGAAUGUGAUGACAGCUCCAGUAGUGAAGAAGAGUCUAGCCCAUCUACUUUAGAGGGUCUUCUGGAUAAGAAAGUGUCUUUCUUGAUGAAUAUCCUGCUGCUCUAUUACCAACGGAAAGAGCCAAUAAGCAAGGCAGAUAUGGUGAAGUUUGUCAUUAGAGAGCAUGAGGCCCUGUUUUCUGCAAUCCUCAAGAAAGCUUGUAUACGCCUUGAGGUUAUUUUUGGCCUGGAAGUGAAGGAAGUGGAUGCCACCAACCACUGCUAUGGUGUCAUCAUGAAACAAGGCUUCACCUAUGAUGGGAUGCAGUGUGGAGAAUUGGGCAUUCCCAAGAUUGGCCUACUGAUGUUUGUACUGGGGGUGAUCUUCAUGAAGGGCCACCGUGCCACUGAAGAACACAUCUGGGAAGUGAUGAAGCAGACAGGGAUCUGUUGUCGCAAGAAGCACUUCAUCUUUGGCAAUCCCAAGCAGCUCUUCACCGAUGAAUUUGUGAAGGAAGGGUACCUGGAGUGCCAGAAGGGACCUGAUAGUCAUCCUGAGAAGUAUGAGCUCCUGUGGGGCCCAAGAGCCUAUGCUGAAACCACCAAGAUGAAAGUCCUUGAUUAUAUGGCCAAGGUUCAUGGGACUGAUCCCACUGAUUUCCCAUCUCUCUAUGAAGAGGCUCUGCUUGAUGAACAAGAGAGAGCCCACACCUGA